ACAGACACAGAUCAUAAUUUUCAUCACCACAAACACAAAACUAAGUCAAGUUCAAAAUGUCACACAGCGGUGGUCAUGGUGGUUCAAGAGGCGGCGGCUACGGCGGAGGUAACGGUUAUUCAAAUGGCUACGGCGGCGGCGGAUCAUACGGAGGCAGCGGCGGUGGUGGCUACUCAAAUGGCGGCGGCGGUGGCUACGGUGGUGGCUACGGGGGUGGCGGUGGCGGUGGUGGUGGUGGAGGAUACGGCGGAGGAGGUGGCGGCGACCGCAUGUCCAACCUUGGCGCAGGUCUCAAGCAGCAAGACUGGGACGUGAACACCCUUCCCAAAUUCGAGAAGUCUUUCUACAAGGAGGACCCUGCAGUCGCAGCACGCUCACAAGCAGAGAUUGACGAGUUCCGCACCACCCACCAGAUCGUCGUACAAGGUCGCGACGUGCCUAAGCCAGUCGAGACUUUCGACGAAGCGGGUUUCCCAAACUAUGUCAUCAGCGAGGUCAAGGCGCAAGGGUUUGAAAAACCGACUGCCAUUCAAUCUCAAGGAUGGCCAAUGGCGCUUUCUGGCCGCGAUGUUGUCGGUAUUGCCGAAACCGGUUCGGGAAAGACGCUCACCUACUGUCUGCCUGCUAUCGUUCACAUCAACGCACAACCGCUACUCUCUCAGGGUGAUGGUCCAAUUGUUUUGAUCCUGGCCCCUACUCGUGAACUUGCAGUUCAAAUCCAAGAGGAGGUCAGCAAGUUCGGAAAGUCGUCGAGAAUCCGAAACACCUGCGUAUACGGUGGUGUUCCACGUGGUGGCCAGAUUCGCGACCUCGCACGUGGAGUGGAGGUAUGCAUUGCCACACCCGGUCGUCUUAUCGACAUGUUAGAGUCUGGCAAGACCAACCUUCGUCGUGUCACUUACCUCGUCCUCGAUGAGGCUGACCGCAUGCUUGACAUGGGAUUCGAGCCCCAGAUCCGCAAGAUUAUUGGUCAGAUUCGUCCCGAUCGUCAGACAUGCAUGUGGUCGGCUACAUGGCCAAAGGAAGUUCGUCAGCUUGCUGCGGACUACCAACAAAAUUGGAUCCAGGUCAACAUUGGUUCUUUCGAUCUCUCCGCCAAUCAUCGCAUUACCCAGAUCGUCGAAGUGGUCUCUGAGUUUGAGAAGCGUGAUCGCGCGCUCAAGCACCUUGAACGUGUCAUGGAGGACAAAAACAACAAGAUCCUUAUCUUCACUGGAACCAAACGCGUUGCUGACGAAAUCACACGCUUCCUACGACAAGAUGGAUGGCCGGCAUUGUCCAUCCACGGCGACAAGCAGCAGAACGAACGAGAUUGGGUCCUGAACGAGUUCAAGACCGGAAAGAGUCCCAUCAUGGUUGCCACUGACGUGGCUUCGCGUGGUAUCGACGUCAAGGACAUUACUCAUGUGCUCAACUACGACUACCCGAACAACUCGGAAGAUUACGUUCACCGUAUUGGUCGUACUGGUCGUGCUGGUCGCUUGGGUACUGCCAUUACUCUGUUUACUACUGACAAUUCCAAGCAAGCUCGUGACCUCGUGAGCAUCCUCACAGAGGCGAAGCAACAGAUUGACCCCCGUCUCGCCGAGAUGGUCCGCUACGGCGGUGGCGGAGGCGGUGGCCGUGGAUACGGUGGUGGUCGUGGCGGCCGCGGCGGUGGACGCGGUGGUAAUUGGACCGGCAGCAACAAUGCUCCCCUGGGCGGCAGCCGUCGCUGGUAGGUCCGAAGAUGUGUUUUGUCAUAAAUGCUGUUGUGGAUUGUAGUGAUCUUUUCCCUUUCACGGCGAGGCGUUCGGCUAGAAUGUGUUUAUUUGGUAUAUAGGUUGUAUGAACAGAGAUUCAUACAUUCUUUAUCACUGCCAUCAGAAUGGCUUUCCAAUUAUCCUUCUAGAAUAGCGACCUCGAUUGAUCGACUGGAACAGUGCCAGUCUGUCUGCACACUGGGAUCACGGGCAUAAGGACGGCCGAACAUUUAUUGACAGGAGAAAUCGCCCGACGAGGCAUCUGGUACGCGAAUGCUUGCACUGGAGCGUGGAAACCAGUUUCGAUUCUUUACGUAGUACAAGUCAGUGCAACGGCACGAUGAGCAAUACAGAUCCUUCACGUGCUACAU